AUGUGGGACCGUGCCAAGAGUUUCCCACAGAACUGCAUGGAAGUUUGGGGCCCUGGAGGCUGCUUACCCUUAGUGCUGGUGGUUGACCUGGCCCGGCGCUCGGGUUGCAAGCACGAUGAGCAGGCGACCUUCAGCGCAAGGGCAGGCUGCGCUGCUGCGAUGGGCAGCAGCAUUGAAAGGCGGGAAGAGUGUAAGGGGCAGGAACAGUCCAUCACCAGAGCCUACUACAGGAACUCGGUUGGCGGACUCCUCCUCUUUGACAUUACAAACCGCAGGUCCUUCCAGAACGUCCACGAGUGGCUAGAGGAGACCAAGGUGCAUGUCCAGCCAUACCAGAUCGUCUUUGUUUUGGUAGGUCACAAGUGUGACCUUGACACGCAGCGGCAAGUCACCCGGCACGAGGCUGAGAAACUGGCUGCUGCAUAUGGUAUGAAGUACAUUGAGACCUCAGCUCGGGAUGCCAUUAACGUGGAGAAGGCCUUCACUGAUCUGACUCGAGAUAUAUACGAGCUUGUUAAAAGGGGGGAAAUUUCAAUCCAGGAGGGAUGGGAAGGGGUAAAGAGCGGGUUUGUCCCAAAUGUAGUGCACUCUUCAGAAGAAGUGGUGAAAUCAGAUAGGCGAUGCUUGUGCUGA